AUGAACGAUGAGUUUUUAGAAGAUUACUUUAUGCUCUUCGGCUGGCAUAAGGCACAGCUUGCUCUGUUUGUCAUCCAGCAGGGAACGGGCUGUUUGACCAGCGCCACCUUCGACAUGGAGACCUGCUGCAGCAACCCUGCAGGAAAACACCUCGGCUACAGCUGUUGGGAUGGCGACUUCUCUAGGAAGCACUGCUGUGGUCAUUUGUCUGAGAUGUCCAGAACGCAACUCAAGCCUUCUGACUGUUGGACAGCAGACUUCAAUUUCGAGAAGUGUUGCAGCACACGAGAUGCUGGCAGUCUGAUCGGCUGCUGGGACUUUCGCUUCGGUUACGAGCAAUGCUGCGUCGACACAGGCUCUGAUGCAAUGAGUGCAGAGUCUAUGAAGAACCUCACUGCCCUCCUUGCAGCGAAGAGCCGCGGCAUGUGCGAUGGUGGCUCGACGCUCCGCUUCUGCCGACGAAUGUGGCAGCAGGUUCUUGCAGGUGCUCCGAAGUUAACAUCGAAGGAGGUUCUGCACCAUGCACGGCAUCUGGCAGAGUACUGGAGGUCCAACAAUCUGAUUGAUGCUGUUGCGAAGGCAGCUCCCGGUUUUGCUGCGAGUAUUGGCCUGCAUGCCGCGGCCUAUGUGUUCGUGAAGUGGCAAGGCGGCUUGCAACUACUCGAUCCAGUUUUCACACAGACUUCAAGCUACUUGAAGUUAUAUCGCGAGAACAUUGGACGAAUUGAUGUGGAGGACAUGAUGAGCAAGGCCGGCGGACUCAGACUGGCAGACUUAGAUGAGGCUAUCUCAAUCCUGGUCCAGUCAUCCUACAUUACAUCGCUUGACAUCGUGCAGCGCGACCGAAUCGUGCAGAUGGCAGAAAGCCGCGACAGGGAGAUCUUGAUUAACAAGGCCUACCAAGGUGCUUUGGCAGAGGCCAUUGAGGCUUUGGACUCGGUGCAGCUCGAUUACGUCCCCAGCCAAGGGACGCUCAUCUCUUUGUUGCGCAUCUUGGACUUGGCAACCGUGGUACAUAGCUCGAGUUUUUUCAAGCUUGUCAGCAAUGGGUGGGUCAAUGGGUGGGAUGUUGUUGACAACGAUGCUGAGCUCAUGGUGUUUGUUGGAGGCAGCACGACUUGGCAGAUCGAAGGUACCCGACUGUCCCUGGAGCUUCAGGACUCCGAGUCUGGGACCAUCACCAAUGGAAAGGGGGAGGUGGAGGCCAUCACAGAUAUCCAUUCCAGGCAUGGGGUGGGUGAGGAUCCAAGCAAGGAGUUUAUCCUAUCCGACAGUCGUCGCACAGCUGAGAGGCUUGAGUUGCUGUACCAUUGGAACUCUGAAGAGGGCAUCGGUGAGUAUGUGAGUCAGGCACUGAGUCAGGCAACUAGUCAAUUUCAAGAUGACAGCGCGGCGCUUUUGGGGCGAAGUAUCCAAGUUCUGGUGCAUCAACUCGAUCAAUUUUUUGCCCUUAGCGUGGACGCUGCCCGGCGAAGCAUCAGUGCCAUAAGGUGCAUUGCGCUGCCUGUAAUAUCUCAAGAUCGUGAUUUCUCAGACCCGCGCAAUGAGAGGCCUGCUUGGGUGCAGAAGAUCUCCGUCUUCUUGGAGGAGCUUGCUGAGUGGAUCAAGCUGAACUCGCGUGUCGUGUACAUGGUAAAAGAGUGUUUGCAGACUGCGCAGGAUAUGCCCGUUGGGCUAGCUGAUGAGGCUCCGGCUGCUAUCCUCAGGCAUCCGCUGGAGACGGAUGCUGCACCGGCUGCACCGUUCGCCGUUGCGCUUCUUCGAGACGAUGUGGGCACGAUUGGGCACGAAGAGCCGGGAGAUGGACAAGGAGUUGCUCACGGCCACGGUGUGCCAGCAGCGCCCCACGAAAGGAGAGUCCACCAGACCUUUGGCACCAAGAACACCCACAACAAGAGUGCGUAA